AUGGCCUUUACGGAGGACAGCCUGAAGGCAAAGCUUUCGUCGCUCAAUGAGACGCAAGACUCCAUCUCCACAGUCGGCCAGUGGAUCCUCUUUCACAGACGACAUGCCGAGCGCAUUGCAGCAGUAUGGCUGCAGCGGAUGAAGGAGUCACCACCCAACAAGAAGCUUGUGCUGAUCUAUCUUGCCAAUGAAAUCGCCCAGACGUCCAAGAUGCGCAAGAAGGAGGAGUUCCUUCGAGCAUACGAGCCCAUCAUCACCGAAGCCGCGACGGUAGCCUACAAGGGCUCGCCCCACGAUAUUCAGAACAAGAUUCGACGCGUCGUGGAAGUCUGGCGACAGCGCCAAAUCUUCAACCAGGCCGUCCAGCAGAGUAUCGAGAAGUCCAUGAACGAUCUUGACUCGUCGCGGUCCGUCGGUCGUAAACCUGCCCUCGGUGGCAGCCUCUUCUCGAGCUCUACAAUACCGGCUGAGCUCGCACCCGUGGCUCCUUUGGCAACAUCGGUCAACAAGGCGGACCUUGCAGCAAAGCCAGCUGUGGCAACAGCGAACCAGGAGUACGAGAAGGUCACCAACCCCAACUACACCAUUCCUUCCGCGCCCGUACACGCCGCCGGGCUCUCUACACUCGUCAAGAAGCUUGCCGUGGCUGAGGGAGCAGCUGCAGAAAGCAUCAAAGCCCGCCAAGCGCUCAUCGCAGGACUCGAACAGCUUCUCGCAACGAACAAAUCGAAGCUCGAACAAGACCAGACCCAAGUCGACGACCUCAAGACUCGCAAGGACGCAAUCGAGAGCCGCAAACGCCAGGUCGAAGACGCCAUUCUUCAAGGCCUCUCGGCCAUCGAGACGAACCGUAUUUCUGCUGCACCCCUUCCCGCCGUAACAACCUCGCCGACCGGACAGGACCGCCCGCGGGUCGAAGAACUCACGCCGCCGCCCAUGGAGUCCUUCACGCCCGUGGGCUCGCCGCAGCAAGGACCCGCCCAAGUCGUCGAGCCCGUGCCCGACAUUGGCGACGAUGUCAUGCCAGAGCCCGUCUCGAAUCCCGUCAUCCCGGAAACCGCUCCUGCCCCACAGGGUCACACCACGAUGCCUGGUUUCGCAACAAGCAUGGGCGACACAAAUGUACCCCACGACCUGCUGAAGAGUUUGCAGCACGCUCGGCCGGGCCACGAGGGCGGCGUGUACGGCCAGCACUCGUACGAAACGGCUGCUAAGAAGCGGAAGAUGAGCAACCAUGCCGAGGACGAGUACGCUGCAUUCGCGGGCGAUGGAGAUAUGGAGGGAAUUGACAGCAACCUGGGUGAGCUCAUCUGA